GGACUUGAGUAAAUUACACACGUUGGAUGAUGAGGGGUCUUUAAUCAUGCUUCAACAUAGAACAUGUGCCCUAUCAGUAGAAAGCACUGGAGGAGAAGUGGGUAUAUAUAUUCAGUGGAGGCGAGGAGUUCAUUUAGCUCUUGCACUGGAAGACUGUGGACUGAAACUAGUUUACCAAGCUGAAACACAAGAAUGCAUUCUACCAUGAUCCUUCUGGGUGUCUUGUUUGGCUUGCUGACCCAGGUGUACACUCUACCUGUUAAGAAUUCUACUGGAGUGCAUGAGGGAAAAGUGAGGUUAAAAAGGAAAUACUCAGAUGAAAUUACAGACCGUGAUGAAAUGAAUGCAAUGGAUCAAAUCCUGGAAAUCAAUAGGAGGUUGCGAGCCCCCCGAGGACUGUCAAUCAGAGAUGGAGAUAUUGCCGCGUCAUACAUACGGAGUGCAAUAACCUGCCCUGGCAAUGCCUGUCUGUGGCCUAAAUCAGUUGAUGGAUUUGUUUAUGUUCCCUUCAUGAUCUCUCCACUAUAUGAUGACAUGGACAGAAUCACCAUAGAAACUGGGAUGCAAGACAUUGCCGCUGGAACAUGUAUUAAAUUUGUUCCACGCACUCAUGAAGUCAACUUUCUUGAUAUUCAGCCUAGAUAUGGCUGCUGGUCGUUCCUGGGGCAGACUGGAGGAAGCCAGACCCUGUCACUGCAGACACCUGGGUGCAUGUGGUCAGGAGUGGCUGCCCACGAGUUCAUGCACGCCCUGGGCUUUGUACAUGAGCAGUCUCGCUCAGACCGAGACCACUAUGUCUCAAUUGUAUGGAAAAACAUAAUGCCAGAUCACAUUCAUAACUUCAGGAAACAGGUCACAAACAAUCUCAAUAGUCCAUAUGACUACAACUCUGUCAUGCAUUAUGGAAGAUAUGCCUUCUCUGAAGAUGGUGGACCAACAAUAAUCCCCAGACCAGAUCCUUACAUUCCAAUCGGCCAGCGAGAUGGACCCAGUAAUCUAGAUCUUCAUAAAAUAAACGUCCUAUAUGACUGUGGUGUUAAUGAGUGACUGGAUCCAGAGUUUUAUUAUUCAGGUAUAUUAUGUUGUCAGCUGUGUAAAGUGGUUAAUUGUAACUUGUGGUCUUUAGUAGAUUAAAUGGGCAACAUUACUUUAUAGCAAUUUUAUCUUUCUGUGUUAGUAUUUUCAAUUAUUAUCACAGAUUAUAGUCUGUACUUUUAGACUGUGUUUAGUCAGUUCUGGGUACAAUUUACUAAUCUGGGAUACAGAUAAAGUGAAAUAAAGGGGAAAGUAAAAAUUAAAAGCAGUUUUUCUCUAAAAUAGCUAAAAUCAGCAUACAUUUUUACAUGCCUGCUGCUGCCAAUUAGAUCAC